CCCUUCAGUGUUAUAAAUGUACCAUAUUUGGUCAUGUGUUAAGUGUGUGCAGAAGUGACGAAUAUCGUUAUGCCAGAUGAAGGGAGAUGCUGCAACUGUGGAGGUGAACAUGCGCCUGAAUUCUUGGAGUGCCCUGCAACGAUAAGGAGUGUCCAACGUGUCGCCUAUCUGGAGGCGGUGAGAAAAUUGGAAGGAACGAGGACGAAUCAAUGGUAGUAACGUUAGAGCCACCACGACCAGUGAAGGUUACUCAUCAACUGAGGGAUAGUUAAAUGCUACAUGCUGAAAAUGUGGACUUUGUAUUUAUUGCAAUGCUCAUAAACUGUAGAGCACAAGCGGAGAAGAAGUCUAACAAAAUCGGAAUCGUUGUGAAUGCGCUGAUGGUUUUUGGGGUCUUCGUGAUUUCACAGCCGAGGCUGUGCAAGAAAUCCUGUCUGUGAAUGUACCCCAUCACAUGCCCCUGAGGCUGUGUGAGGAUGUAUUUUGGAGUCGACUGUGAUUGAAGAAGUAUGAUGUAUUUAUUUUCUUUAGUUAACUUUUUUUGCAGGACGUUUUCCCCCUUUCCCGGAAAGUGUUUAUUUUUAUUUUUUAUUAUUCAAUACCCCGUCCAGCUGGUGGCGGUAAUGCACCAUUAACAUUGUAUGCCAACCGCCGCUAAACCCCAUCGAAGAAGAAUUAGAACACAUGCGUCCACACUUGCUUCCUGCUCAGCUCCACGCGUGUUUGUUCAGAAUCAAAAGGUAGCACGUUUUAAAGCAAAGUAACAAUGCCUAAAGCCAAAAAGAAAAGUAAAAGAAAUAAGUUUGACUACGGUAAAGACAGAAAGAAACUGAAAAAGCAGUUUAAGAAAAGGGAAGCCCCGAGAAUAGAGUGUCCUCAGAUCCGAAAUGCCUGGAGUGACAAAAAGUCUGUGGCAAGAAACUUGCGAGACAUGGGUCUGGCAUUUGACCCAAACCGCGCCCUCCCAAUUAAGACACCGGCCAUUGCUGCUGUGGGGAGAACUGAAGAUGCUCCCGCUCCCAAACUUGUAAGGAAGCCAUAUGUACUCAAUGAGCUGAUGGCUGAGGCCAGUCUCGCCGAGAAAGACACAAAGACCUUAUCCACAGACUUGAUCGAGUAUGUGCAGUACAUGGUCAGGGAACACAGCGAGAACUACAAGAUUUUUUUCUAUUUCUGUAGGCUAUGGCCAGAGAUGAGAAGAACUAUUACCAGGACACGCCCUCACAGAUCAGGAGGAAAGUGGACCAGUAUAAACGCUGCCAUCCAGAGGAAUACACCACCUUCAUGGAGUCUCUCAAAGGUGGGAAAGCAGUUUCCACAUAACUGUGGCUCUUGUUGUGGGCAAAGACUUUCUUUAUCAGUGGGGGACAGUCUGGGAGCACUGACUCGCAAGUAUUCUGUGACUGUGGCAAAAAUGAACAAGAGAGGGGGUCAAAGUUCACCCAGAAACACAAGCUUUCAUCAUUUAGAACAGACCGUGAGUAGGGAUUUUGCAGAACUGUAAACAUUUGAGAAAAAGACCAGACAUGAUAUAACAUGCAUAAACUACUAUUUUUUAUAUACUUCUAGUAUGUUUCCCCAAAAUACAGUUACACAAAUGAUAUACAGUAAGAACAUUUAAGACUGCUUUUGUAAUGAUGUCAACAUAUGUUUGUAAGUUUCAUUAAUGCAUUUCCUCUUUGGAUUUUUUGGGGGAAGAUGUAUAAGCAUAGAGUCAUUUGUCAAGCUUGUGUAAAAUGUUGUAACAUGUCACUGUAAAAAAUAAAAGUGAGAAAAACCUUA